AUGGAAGAAUCAAUGUUUCCUAAUCAACAAACGGCUGAGGCUCGGUACAUUGCCAUAUUUGGUACUCGCACCCGUUUCGUCGUUAUGGUCCUUGUACUCUUAUGCUUAACUAGUAUUUGGUCAAACAUCUUGACUUUUCAAUUUUCUGUAAUCUGUAUGAGCCCAAAGGAUGAUAUCAACAUGACGUUCAUCAAUGGAACUGCCGAGAAAGAUACUUUCACAUUCACAUCAAAUGAAAAGUCAUGGGCCAUCACUGCUGUUGCUAUAGCUGCUCUUGUUGGAAAUUUUCCUAUCGUACAAUUGGUCAAUCGUAUUGGUAUUCGUACCAUUUUCACGGCGCUAGGAAUUUUAUCAGCUUGUGCUACUCUUCUCAUGCCUGUGGCCAUAAGACUUGGCUAUGGAUACUUGCUGGUUGCCCGUAUUUGCCAAGGAAUUGCUUUUGCCGCGAAUUUUCCUGUGAUUGGAGCUUUUUGUGCCAAAUGGGCUUAUUAUAAACAGAAUGGACUUUUCGUGUCAGCUCUUGUUGCUUACGUGCAAUUAUCCCCAGCCAUCACGAUGCCUGUAUCUGGUUCUUUGUGCGAAGCUUUCCGCUGGCCAUCAGUAUUCUAUGCUCACGGAGCUGUUACUCUCGUACUUUUCUUGGUUUACGGAAUUUUCUACCGGAAUAGUCCAAACAAACAUCCAUUUGUUGGAAAUGUUGAAUUGAAUAAGAUUUCUAUUGGAAAAGCUCAAGUUGUCGACAAGCGAGCUGCUCAGAAAGUGCCAUAUUUAGAUAUUCUCAAAACGCCUGCCGUCUGGGCUGUUUGGGUGGCUUCUCUUGGAAACUUCGUUUGUGUCAACAUGAUGUUCUUGUUUUCACCAAUUUACUUAUCAACAGUUCUCGGCUUCCCCGUCCACAAAACUGGAAUAUCGGCUGCCCUCCCACCUUUGGCACAGUUCUUGGCGAAACUUAUUUGCGGAGCUGUCUCUGAUCGUAUCAAAUUCAUAAGUGAAGUAAACAAGUUCCGAUUCUUCAACACUUUGGCAUUCCUCGGAUGUGGAUUGGGAUUAACUAUUCUCGGCUUCAUGGGAACUGAACACAAAAACGUUAACAUGUUGAUGCUUGGAGCUUCUGCCGGUGUUCUCGGCGCUACAACCGGAGGCUUCUUCAAGUCCGGUCCUGUAAUUUCUCGUCAAUACAGUCACUUCGUUACCGGAAAUAUAUCUUUGGGAAUCACAAUUACUAUGGUCGUUAUUCCAUUCAUUGUUAACUCAUUAACACCAAAUAACACGCAAGAGGAGUGGAGAUGGGUAUUUUGGUUGGUAGCUGCAUUUAUGCUUGUUGCAAACAUCUUCUUCUGCAUUUUCAUUCGCGGAGAGCCAUGUGAAUUCACUCGUGAUGAUUACGUGGUUAAGAAGCCAGCUGUAACUGAUUCAUCUCGCUCUGAGCCAGUUCAACAACAGUUUUAA